CUCAAAUUUAUUAAUCUUGUUUAUUUACCAAAAUCCAUUCGAUCAAAAAAAAUUAAUUCUGUUAAAAAUAAUGUGCUAUAAAAAAUUAAAAAAUGAAUUUUCAUAAUGAAUCAUGUGAUCCAUCGACCCCGAAACGUCGUCGGCUUGGAACAACAAAACCGAAACCUUCUGGAAACGUAUUCAAAGCGGCAAAUUCAUCUUUCAUCAACAGUACGCCGAUUCAAUUGCGUCUUUCUUCAAAUUUAGCUAAUAGGUGUGAUUCGCCGCCGCUACCAUGCAAUCAAAUAGAAUAUCUAUCAGAAUCAACAAGUAGUAACUCAGUCACUAAUGAUAUACCAUGUUCACCUGGUGUUUUCGAGACUUGCUUCUUUAAGGACGUUGAAAAUUGGGAUUCAUGUAUAGUUUCUAAAAAUAAAGAAAAUAUACUAACGGAUUGUGCAGAUGAAUUUAAUGAUGAGUUUCAAUCAAGACCGGAGCAAAAUAUUACGACCGAUUGUAGUAUUUCAACAUCUAAAUGUGAAAAGCUCUUUAGAGAUGAAAUAGAGCAGAGUUUUAAUAACUUAAAUCAAUCUAUAGUUAAUAUUAACAUUAAUAAGGAUAAGAGUUCAUUAUUUGAAACAAAUGAUUCAUUUUUACUAGAUAUAAGAGAAAGUGGUAUUAUAGCUAAUCAGGAAAACUCUAAAAAUGAUGAAAAAAAUAAUUUUACUAAUAAUCAAGUUAUUUUAAAUAUGAAUCAGAAUAACUUUUAUGGAUUGCCAAUGAUUGUAAAGGGAUUAUUUAAGACAUACAGAAAGAUUGAAAAAUUUUAUGAUUGGCAAGAAGAAUGUCUCAAUUUAGACACUAUUAAAGAACGGCGUAACCUUAUAUAUGCCUUGCCAACCAGCGGAGGAAAGACUUUAGUAGCAGAGGUAUUGAUGCUUCGGGAGAUACUGAAUAGAAAAAAAAAUGCACUUUUUAUUUUACCAUUUGUAGCUAUAGUUCAAGAAAAGAUUUGGUCCCUAGCACCAUUUGCACUGCAACUAGAUUUCUUGGUAGAAGAGUAUGCUGGUGGUAAAGGGCACAUACCACCAAAGAAGAGGAGAAAAAAGAACAGUAUAUACAUUGCAACCAUUGAAAAAGGGCUGGCAUUAAUACGAAGUUUAAUUGAAUUGGAUAGACUUGAUGAGCUCGGCUUGAUCGUGGUGGACGAGCUGCAUCUGAUCGGAGAAUCGGGACGAGGUAGUACACUUGAAAUGUUGUUGACAACUGUUAUAUUUGCUAACAAGGGAAUACAAAUUGUAGGAAUGAGUGCGACCAUAGGUAACCUUCCUGAUUUGGCAACCUUUUUAAAAGCUGACGUAUACGAGAACCAGUUCCGUCCGGUCGAGCUGGUGGAAUACGUCAAACUGGGCAACGUUCUGCACCGGAUCGUGUGGGGUCCCGGUGGGAUGGAAAUCGUGCCCGAUAGGGAACUCUCCUUCGAUUACUCGCGCGCGGGCGCGGCGCUGGACCCCGACGCGCUGGGCGGGCUGGUGGCCGAGACGGCGCCGCGGGCCGCCUGCCUCGUGUUCUGCCCCACCAAGCGCAACUGCGAGAACGUCGCCGCGCUGCUCUGCAAGCUGCAGCGCAGGGAAAUGACAAACCAUCGCGUAGAAGAACGUGUCGCUUUGCAAACGGCGCUUCGCAACGAGGGUGCCGGAUUGAACCUGGUGAAAUUUGUGCGCUUCGGAGUGGCCUUCCACCACGCGGGGCUGGCCGGGGAGGAGCGAAGUCUGCUGGAGCACGCUUUCAGAGCCGGCGUGAUCUCCGUUCUGUGCUGCACGUCCACGCUGGCCGCCGGGGUCAACCUCCCCGCCAAGAGGGUGAUCAUUCGCGCGCCGCUCAUCGGCCGGGAGUUCAUCACCCUCGGCGCCUACAAGCAGAUGGUCGGGCGCGCGGGCCGGGCCGGCGCCUGCGAGGCCGGCGAGAGCGUGGUGGUGUGCGCGGCGGCGUCGUGGGCGCGGCUGCGCGCGGUGCUGGCGGGCGGGCUGGGCGCGGCGCGCAGCGCGCUGGGCGCGGGCGGCGCGGAGGGCGCGCUGCUGCUGAGCGGCGCCGCGCUGCGCCUGGCCUGCGCGCGCCGCGGCCUGCGGGCGCUGCUGCGCGCCGCGCUGCUGCCCGUCGCGCCGCCCCACCCGUCGCUGGACGUGGACCGAGUCUGCGACGACGCCGUCCGCGCGCUGCUGGAGAGCGGGGCGCUGGAGGUGGUCGGCGGGGGGGGCUGGGACCGCGUGGACGACGACACCGAAUUGGCCGUCAGCAAACUGGGCAGAGCCGCGAUCAAGGGAUGCAUGGAGUUAAGCGUCGCCAAGCGACUGUUGGAAGACUUGGAAAUAGCAUCACGAAGUCUUGUCCUAAUGGGCAGUCUGCACCUCUUGUACUUGGUCACACCUCACGACUCCAAUAUAAAGCCGGAUUACAGGCAUUACUAUUCGUUGUACUGCGAAUUGGAUGAAGAAGGCGUGCAGACCGCUAAGAUAUUGGGGAUAACGGAAAUGAACGCGAUUCGGAUGAUGACCGGAAAACCUAUUACUAACGUACCAGAGAGUGUUCUACGCCGAUUCUAUAUAGCGCUAAUGUUACGUGAUCUCUGGAGACAGAUGCCGUUCCCUGCAGUCGCUGACAAGUACGGCGUGUCGCGCGGCGCGCUGCAGGCGCAGCUGGCGGCGGCCGCGGCGUUCGCGGGCGGCGCGGCGCGCCUGUGCGAGGAGCUGCCGGCGCGCUGGGGCUUCCGCGCGCUGCUGGAGCCGCUGGCGCUGCGCCUGCAGCACUGCGCCGCGCCCGGCCUCGAGCGCCUGCUCGACCUGCCCGCCGUGCGCAAGGCCCGGGCGCUGCAGCUGCUGCGCGCCGGGUACAAGUGCGUGGAGGACGUGGCGCGGGCGAGCGCGGACGAGCUGGCGGCGGCCGUCGCCCACCUGUCGCGGACGGCGGCGGACCACCUCGUUAGCUCGGCCAGGAUGAUGCUCAUAGAAAAAGUUGAAAAUCUGAGGGCAGAAGCUGAAGAUGUAAUGGACGGCUUAAAGACAUGAAAUAAAUAA